AGGAAGGCGGAGGAGGCGGAGCCGUUGGAGUCGCUGCCGCCGCCGCUGGUUUCAGUACCUCGGAGAACGGCUGCGAGCGGGCGGGCGGGAGCCGCCGCAGCCGGCUGGGAGCGCAGCAGCCGCCGCCGCCGUCGCCGCUGUCACCCUCCGCUCCCCUGCCCCGCUCCCCUCCGCGCCAGGCACAGGCGCCCCCGGGGCGGGGAGACAGUUAAGGAACCGUCGCCUCAGAGCGAUCGGCCGCGCCGGGCGCGUCGCCCCCCCGCUUAACCCCCCGGAGCCAAGGGAGUCCCGUCCCCCCGGAGCGGUCCCGGGGGUACGGCGACGGCACAGGCUCGGUGACCGGGACGGGCGGGAGGGCUGAGGAAGUUGGAGGGGGGGGGUUGUCCGUCACCUCAGCGAGGGCCCGGGGACGACCGGGUCUGGCUGAGGGAGGGUCGCUCGUUAACCGUCGCUCGGUCCUGAGGGGGGAGUGAGGAAAGUGAGGGGCUCCCAUCCGUCCGGGAGCCCGAGGCGGGGAGGGGGGGGUCAGGGGCCGGCGGCAGCCGGUGGGGUGGGCGGGUAGCCGGCAGCCGGAGCGGUGAGGAGAGAGGCGGCGGGGGGAGCGGGAAUCGGGCUCCUCUCGAACCCCCUGGGCUGCAGAGGUUGAGCCCCUGACUGAAAAGGGGCUUUUUUUUUUUGAGGGGAAGGGGCAGUUGAACGUAGCCGAAUUGUUGUCGUUUCGUUAAAAAUAGUCAAGCGCCGAAGGCAAAUCGUAGGCAGGGAAGGUAGAGAGAUGGAGCCCGCUGUUUUGGAUGCCGGCGUGAAUUUUUUAUUUACUUUUCAGUUUUAACCACUGCUAAAUGUGGAUUUUGUGAGAGAACCAGAUGGCGGUUGUUCCAUUGUUCCUUGUUUGAACGUAAAUCUUAGUUCUGCCGCUUGUGGAUUUUUUAUUUAUUUUUUUUUUAAUUUCUUUUUCAAAAGGACCUUUCCAGGUAGCUUUCACAUCUGACAAAAUGAAGCCUUUGUAUUUUUCAAUCAAUUACACCUAAUACUGACAUUCUGUUUGGUACAAGGGACUAAAGUGCUGCCUCACUCAGAGGACCAUUAAAGACUUUUUCUUUCGCUACAUGUAGCUGAAUGUGUUACGACACAUCCUUUCUCCCCCCCCAAAUCUUCCGAAAGAUUUUUCCAAAAUGAAGAAAUUUAAUUUUCGCAAAGUUUUGGAUGGUUUAACUGCCUCAUCCCCUGGUGGAAGCAGUGGUGGUGGCAGUGGUGGUGGAAGCGGGGCUGGUGGUGGCUCCGUGCACCCCGGAGGGACUGCAGGAGCUGCAGGGACACCCAGAGAUGAGAUCCAGGAGACGCUCACUUCAGAUUAUUUUCAAAUUUGUAAGACGGUGCGCCAUGGUUUUCCUUAUCUACCCACUGCCUUAGCUUUUGACCCAGUUCAGAAAAUUCUGGCAAUUGGAACAAGAACAGGAGCCAUACGAAUAUUGGGCAGGCCUGGUGUUGAUUGCUACUGCCAACAUGAAAGUGGUGCUGCAGUUCUGCAGCUCCAGUUCUUAAUCAAUGAGGGUGCUUUGGUCAGUGCAAGUGCAGAUGAUGCACUUCAUUUGUGGAAUCUUCGACAGAAACGACCAGCUAUCCUACAUUCUCUGAAAUUUAACAGAGAAAGGAUUACUUACUGCCAUCUACCUUUCCAGAGUAAAUGGCUUUAUGUUGGAACAGAGAGGGGAAAUACACACAUUGUAAAUAUUGAGUCCUUCAUUCUUUCUGGAUAUGUUAUCAUGUGGAACAAGGCAAUAGAACUAUCCACAAAGACUCACCCUGGGCCAGUUGUACAUUUAAGUGACAGCCCAAGAGAUGAGGGAAAACUAUUGAUAGGCUAUGAAAAUGGGACUGUAGUACUCUGGGACUUACGAUCUAAAAGAGCUGAUCUGAGAGCUUAUUACGAUGAGGCUAUUCAUUCUGUUGCUUGGCAUCAUGAAGGGAAGCAGUUCAUGUGCAGUCACUCCGAUGGCAGCUUGACCUUAUGGAAUCUCAAAAGUCCUAACAGACCAUUCCAGACCACAAUCCCACAUGGAAAAAUUCAGAGAGAUGGGAAAAAACCUGAAUCUUGUAAACCAAUUCUUAAAGUAGAGUACAAGACCUGUAAAAACAGUGAACCAUUUGUGAUAUUUUCUGGUGGAUUGUCAUAUGAUAAGGCUUGUCGAAGACCAAGUUUAACAAUCAUGCAUGGGAAAGCAAUUACAGUUCUUGAAAUGGAUCACCCUAUAGUUGAUUUUUUAACUCUUUGUGAAACCCCAUAUCCAAAUGAAUUUCAAGAACCCUAUGCUGUAGUUGUGCUUUUGGAAAAAGAUCUCAUUGUUGUUGACCUGACACAAAGCAAGUCUUCUAAUAAAUUGUCUUCCUUAACUAGUUUUCCAAUCUUUGAAAAUCCGUAUCCUAUUGACAUUCAUGAGUCACCUGUUACCUGCACAGAAUAUUUUGCGGACUGUCCUCCAGAUUUGAUUCCUGUGCUCUAUUCUGUAGGAGCAAAACAUAAAAAGCAAGGAUACAGCAAUAAGGAGUGGCCUAUUAGUGGUGGAGCGUGGAACCUCGGAGCUCAGACAUAUCCUGAAAUCAUUAUUACAGGCCAUGCAGAUGGAUCAGUAAAGUUUUGGGAUGCUUCUGCCAUUACUCUACAGAUGUUGUACAAAUUAAAAACAUCAAAGGUCUUUGAAAAGCAGAAAGUAGGAGAAGGAAAAGCUACAGCUGAGAUUGUGGAAGAAGAUCCUUUUGCUGUUCAGAUGAUGUACUGGUGUCCUGAAAGCCGAAUCUUCUGUGUGGCAGGAGUUUCUGCAUAUGUGGUUGUUUACAGGUUCAGCAAACAUGAAGUAAAUACUGAAAUUGCAUCAUUAGAAGUACGACUUCAGUAUGAAGUAGAAGAUAUCAUUACUCCUGAACCGGAAAUAAUUCCUCCAUUUCCAGAUGCCUCCUCCCAGCUUCCUUCUUUAAAGAGCCUUUCAGGCAGUACCAACACUGUAGCAUGUGAAGGAACAAUGAAGGAUAGUAUCCCAUGUCUUAGCGUUAAGACUCGACCUGUGCGAAUGCCUCCUGGAUACCAGGCGGAUCUUGUUAUUCAGUUGGUGUGGGUGGAUGGUGAGCCUCCACAACAGAUUACCAGUCUUGCUGUAAACUCUGCUUAUGGACUAGUGGCAUUUGGGAACUGCAAUGGCUUGGCCGUUGUGGACUUCAUGCAGAAGACAGUACUGCUGAGCAUGGGAACCCUUGACCUAUACGGAUCAAGUGAUCCAUACCAGCGUCAACCCCGUUCACCUCGCAAAAGCAAGCAGUUUGCUGCAGACAACUUUUGCAUGCGUGGCCUGUCUAACUUUUAUCCAGAUUUAACGAAACGGAUCCGUACUUCCUAUCAGAGCCUGACUGAACUCAGUGACAGUCCAGUUUCCCUGGAGCUGGAGCGUUGCAAGUCUCCCACUUCAGAUCACGUGAAUGGCCACUGUACAAGUCCGACAUCCCAGAGCUGCAGUUCAGGAAAACGACUUUCCAGCGCAGAUGUCUCAAAAGCAAACCGGCGGGGGCCUGGGAGGCCCCCCUUCAGAAAAGCCCAGUCUGCAGCCUGCAUGGAGAUUUCUCUCCCAGUCACCACAGAAGGUUACAUUUCCAGACGGGCAAUGCUUCAGCAAUUACAUGGAAUCAGUACAUUCUCACACGACGAGCGUCACUAUACUGCUCACACAUGGAUGAACAAAGAAAAUAGGGAAAACUCCUUCAGCCGUUCCCGAAGCUCCAGCGUGUCCAGUAUCGACAGGGACUCAAAGGAGACAAUUACUGCUUUGUACUUCAUGGAGUCCUUUGCCCGAAAGAAUGACUCCGCUAUCUCCCCCUGUCUCUGGGUUGGAACGGGCCUCGGUAUGGUCUUAAUCCUCUCCCUUAAUCUGCCUGCUAGUGACGAUUUGCGGCAGUCAGAGCCAGUCAUGGUGUCGCCAAGUGGCACAGUUCUGACACUGAAAGGAGCCGUGCUGACCUUCGCGUGCUUGGACUGCAUGGGGACGCUGACACAUCCACCGUACGAAGUAUGGAGGGACCCACACAGUGCUGAUGACGGUGAAAAAACAAGGAAAAGGAAACUUGUCAUGCAUUCCCCUUCCUCCUCCCAGGAUAUGGGUGAUCAUCAAUUUGCAGUCAUUUGUUCAGAAAAACAAGCCAAAGUCUUCUCAUUGCCUUCCCAAACAUGUCUUUAUGUCCACAACAUCACCGAAACGUCCUUUUUAUUGCGAGCAGAUGUGGUCACCCUCUGUAACAGCGUCUGUCUGGCGUGCUUUUGUGCCAAUGGGCACAUCAUGACACUGAGCUUGCCCAGCCUUCGCCCACUGCUGGACAUCAACUAUUUGCCUGUGACAGACAUGAGGAUUGCGCGCACCUUUUGUUUCACUAACGAAGGGCAAGCUUUGUACCUCAGCUCUCCCACAGAGAUCCAGCGCCUGACGUACAGCCAGGAGAUGUGUGACAACCUGCAGGACAUGCUUGGGGAUUUGUUUACUCCCGUGGAAACACCCGAAGCCCAAAACAGAGGCUUUCUCAAAGGUCUUUUUGGAGGAAGUGGACAAGCUUUUGACAGAGAGGAACUUUUUGGUGAGGCCACGGCAGGAAAAGCCUCUCGCAGUCUUGCCCAGCACAUCCCCGGGUCAGGCGGAAUUGAAGGCGUGCGAGGAGCCGCAGGCGGGGUCAUUGGGGACUUGACUCGCGCACGCAUCGCCCUUGAUGAGAGAGGACAGAAACUGGGAGAGCUGGAUGAAAGGACUGCGAGCAUGAUGGCCAGCGCAGAGGCAUUUUCCAAACAUGCACACGAGGUGAUGCUGAAAUACAAGGACAAAAAGUGGUACCAGUUUUAGACUUUCAAAGAAGCUGCUUGUGGCUUUAUUAAGAACAAUGUUCAGGGAAGCAACGCUCAUUCCCAAAUCUACCAGUCAGUGGCCAGAGACAGUUUUUUCUCCUAGAAGAUGUUUUCCUGUUGCUAUUAUUGGAUUCAUCACAGUGGGAGUCAAGGAGAAAUUUUACAGACCGUGAGACGGAAGCUAGAAUCAUGUGGGUCUUACUGCAACAGCUGGCUCAUGCGGUAGCCAAUUUUUUUUCCAAAAGGAACUCAACCAUCACUGUGGCAUGUAGUUUUUUCAGAAGCUGUAGGUAUGAACUGUGGGGAGUGCGUCUGGUUAAAAAUAUUCUGUACAAACUCGAAUGUUAAUGCACUUAUAAAACUUUGCAUGACUAAUUGACAUCUUAAAAAAAAAAAAAAAAAAAAAAGAGAAAAAGAAAGCAUGUUGUGACCGAAGAAAAAUGGGAUUUAUUUCUCUUCUGAGAAAAAAAGAAAAUUAAAUGCCAAAAAUAUUUAUUUUUUAAAAGUGACAUUACAAAAAGCCAGUACAUUUCAAGCAUGUUUGCUACCGUUCUCAACACAAAAGUAAGUUGAGCUGCAUUUUCUUAUCUGCUAUUUAUUUCCCUUAAAAACCUUGCUUGAAAUCAGUGCUCUUUUAACUCCUACCAGAAAAAGAAAUAACUUCAAAAUUCUGUGCCCCAAAUUUAUAGAUUUUUCACGUAGCUGGACAGGCACUAUCUGAAAUGUCAUUAAAACAUCAGCAUAGAUGGUUUAUUUGCAAGUCAGAGCACGUGACAUGUCAUCCUUAUCAGUACUUUUUAAAUGUGCUCUAGAUGCAGCUCAGUUGUCCUUGAAGGGGGCUGUGGCAUUUUUCAUCCCCGUGGUGUCUGUAUCACUUGGUUGCCUUAUUUCGCGGUAGCAGGAAUAGAAAACCAGCUUAGGAAAUGGCUUCUUCCAGUUCAGGAAGGCAAGAUGGGAAACCACAGGGCUACAAGUUGGAGAGUCCUGGCAAGUUCUGCUCGCAGAAGCUGCUCAGCAGCUUGCGCAGCAGGGAUUUUUCUGAAGUGGUCAGUUGAAAUAAGGGAACUGCACAGUAACCCCCCGCUAAAGCUGGGCGAGAGAGAUCAGAGCAGCAAGAUGAAACGAUGGGCUGGGGGAGGAGCAUGAAAAACACUUGUCAACAUACGGCACUGAAUUGGCACAUGUAUAAAAUGACGCCACGGGUGCGUGGCAAUUGAUUUUUCUGCUCGCACUGCUAAAAGUGAUUUGCUUCUGCUUCAAAGGGGCUUGUUUGGUUUCUACAGUGAGCGCUGUGGAAAACUCUCCAACCCACAGCUACAGAAGAGAACAGAAAGUAGAACCUCCCUGUCUGCGCAAGUGGAGUCCUAGUCCAUGGGUGUGCCGCAGCCACGGUGGCCUACCAGAGCCUCACUGCCACACGGCUCAACCGCUCCAUUAGAAUUUUUUUUCCAAGAUUGGCUUGGAAACAAAGCACUGGAGGCCUGGAUGUAGUUUCAAAUUAGAAAAGAGAAGUGAGGAAAAGGUGGAAAAGCAGCAUUUAAAAAUGUACUAUAUGAGAGGAGUGGCAUCCUCUGUCUCUUCAAGGAGUCCUGAUGGACGCUGAUGCAGCAUCCUCCUCCUGACUGGGCCUUAGCUUCGCUGGCAUUUAUAUCGUCCCAGUGUUUAGAUGAUCUCGCUCAAAGAUGCCGUUCCUAUAUCCUUCCUUUUCUUACAAUAAAAUGGAGUCCAGGAAAAGGUACAGUCCAGAAGUCUGGCUUUGCUAUCAGCCCAGCUGCACACGUUAAAGGGUUGGAACAGAGCUGAGGUGUUAAGUUUUAAACUCACAUUGUAGCACAACAGGAAUGUCACAUUUUACAGGAUUUUUUUACAUUUCUAUAUGGGCACAAGCAAAGCGAUGCCCUGACAGGUCUAGCUCAACUGGGCACGAGACGCAGCCAGUUCCCCUCUGUCACAGGAGAAACUGCGCUGUAAUUGUGAGAGGCGCAGAAACCUGUGGGGAAAAAGGUCAAAGCCCAGGCAGCGCCAAGGUUUCUGCUGAGAGAUAAGGAAUUGGAGUUGUCCGUGAGCUGAGGGGAUGUCGAUGUCUGUCUGCCUGUGGGUGUUUGAGGAAACGGCAAACUCACCGCUCUGAUGCCAAUAGGAAGUGGGUGGGGGAACUCCUUCCAGUGGCCAGGCCACAGACCUUGCGUGUGUGAGGAAGCACCAGUGUAACCAGGCAUCCAGAAUGAGAAAUAAACGAGACCAACAUUAUAGCCAUCUUCUGUUUAAAUAAGCACUCUGCCUGUGCUCUGGCCUGUGCUCCACAACAAAACUCUGUCUUAUACUCUGGGCAACAAAAUCACUUGGGGCAGCCUUCAAACCCUCCAGCCAACUUUUUAGACCUUAUUUUUUCUCCACCUUCUCUGCUUUUACGGAGCAGCUAUAGCCACCUUUCGCUAAGACCAAGCCCAGGCUGCCCCACCAGCGUUCGGUCUGUACCCGGCUCUACGCUUGCCUCCGCGCUGAGCCGGUGGAUGGCGAGGCCGUUACCGGUUCCAGUGUGGCACUUGUAGACCCACAGGCUACGGGACCAGUUUCCACUAUGAACUGGCGUAACACAGGCGGCCUUUAAGCAGAUUGCAGAUCAGAUUCCCGUUACCUCGAUUCCAGUGGCGAUGUCUUCAGGCUGGAGGAGCUGGAAGCCCGCUCGCUUGUUUAAGAAUCAGAUGUAAAAACUGAAGAGCAACUUUUAAUUGCGAAUCACUACAGCACACCCAGAGAGAAAAGUGUCUUCAACAAGUCAUUUACACAAUGCCUGACUGAAUUUGGCUGCCAACAGUCUCUAGCUUAACACGGGGCCAGGCGGGGGGAGUGGGACACCAAAAACCAACCUGCCAGUAGAUUUCCAUUUGCAUUUUUAUGCAACAGAGAAACGAGAAUCUAGCAUCCCUCAAACUUACAAUUUUUAAUACUAAACUUUUAAGCAACUUUUCUCCAGUACUCCCCAUCGAGGUCACAGCUGUAUCUUGCUUUCCACUCUUACAUAUUUUACAUAUUUCCAGACAGUUACAAAUUACCAUUUCUGUUCAGUUCACCUCUUGUGACUAUAAUUAUCAAUUUUCUUGUAGUCUGUAGAGAGAUCUAAAAAGUUGUAUAUGUUUGUAUAUAGAACAUUCUAUAUAUAUAAAUAUAUAUAUGUAAUGUAUAUGUUGUAUAAGUUUGUUAGUGCACACUGUUAAAUGCUUUCUAUCACGAUUUACCAUGUAUGUGGGGAAAAAAACCCCACCAAACUCAUCACUUAAAAACUUCAAUGAGGGAGGAAAAACUCUCGCCUGGUUGAUUUACUGUGAGAUGAGGGGGAGUGUGGGACUUCUGAAAGGCCUGACCUGAACGCCGCUAAAGGCUGUUAGUGAAAGGAAUACCGAUGCGGCAUUCCAAGCGACGGGCACAGCAUCUGACCUGACUUGCUGCAAGGAAAUUGAGGACACUUGCUGUUGCUGGAUGUUGAAAUCAUGUGCUUUCACCUUUCCCACUAAGACAGCACCACCUCAAGCAAAAUCCUAAACUUAGCAGAAUCUUCAACAUCGCAAUCCGCACUUAGAAUAGUCCAGAUUGGCUGGAAAGAGUUGUUCGACUUCUUAAAACGCUUUUUGUUCAUUUGGAUACUUUGUUUCCUCAGGUUCUUCCUUACAGGAGCGCUCCGCCACAGCCACAGCCAAAACCAGACACACAGAAGUCCCAGCAGCACACACGCACCUCUGCGCUCCACCAGACGCCUUUAAUCUUAGGCACAGAGCUGUAGAUAGACAGAGUAUACAGAGAAAAAUGCAUUAAAUUAGAUUAUUUAUACGUUUUCAGAGUUGGCAAGUCUUCAAUGAAGUACAAGCUAUUGUAUUUUAAAAAAAAAAAAAAAAAAAAAACACUAAAA